UUGUAAAAUAAUUCUGAGGUUAUUGAAGUACACUAUUUCGCUAGGAUGGCUGGUUUUUAAUUUCAUACGUUUUUAUUGUGAGUGUUAAAAGUGAAGUACGAAAAUCAUCUGUUGAGAGGGUAGAUGAACAUUAAGUUUAACCAAUCAAGGAAUAAUUAAUGAAGGACCUAUCAUUACCGACCGAAGUCGAGGAAAUGGCCAAUAUAAACACACCUUAUAAAUGGACUUUAGGUCGAGAACUGGCGGCAAAGGCAGAAAAGGAACUUGGUGAGACCCCGCGUGUCCGUGAAGCCGCCUUAGCAAAGAUCAAGUCAAGAAUGAAGGAACGGUCAGACAUCAAUUUUCGAAGAGAUGACAGAUUCAUUUUACGUUUUCUGCGAGCAAAGAAAUUUGAAGUAGACAGAUCAUUUAAGACUUUAGUAAAAUACUACGAACUGAAAGAGAAACACCCAGAUUUCUUCAAAGAUUACAAACCAUCGUCCAUUGCGCAUGUACUUGAUGACGGAUUCCCAGUAGUUUUAGAUCUCCCAGAUAAUGACGGAAGACCGAUCUUGGCUCUUAAAGUGUCAAAAUGGAACGCUAGUGAAUAUAACAUUAUUGACAUCGCAAAGGCUGUAUUUAUGGCAAUGGAAAUGUUGAUUGAAAGCGAAAAAAACCAAAUCAAUGGAGUUGUUCUCUUAGCUGAUCUAGAGGGUAUCGGUCUAUCACAUGCUAUGCAACUUACUCCAGGAUUCGCGAGAAAGGUUACAGCAAUUUUCCAGAACUGUGUUCCUGUACGUCUUCAAGGAAUUCAUUUCGUUAACGAACCUUUAGUAUUUUCAGGCGUCUACCACAUAUUGAAACCAUUUAUGCAAGACAAAAUUAGGAAACGGGUUCAAGUACACGGACGAACCUACUCAAGUCUUCAUCAGUAUUUACCUGCAGACGCCCUACCUUCUGAUUAUGAAGGAAAGACAGGGCCAUACACAAACGAAGGCUGGAGAGCACGAUUUCUAGCAUUAGAUCCAGUCUUUGAAGAGAACUUCAGUUUCGGUAUCCAGAAAAAAUCUAAGGGUUCAAAAAAGAAAGGAACAGAAAAACAUGCAAAGGAAAUAAAAGAAAAAGAGGUUAAGACGAGUACAGAUAAAGACGACCAUAAAAGAAAAACUCAUACAUUAUGAACUUUAAUGUUCUGAUAGUAUGAAGAUCUACAAAAAAUAGUCGAAAACAAGAAUAUAUGGAUAUAUCUCAUGUAUAUUUGCUAAUCCGAAAUACCACUAUAGUUUGCCAAUGUAGCGCACAUUAACAUUGAGUGAAUCGUACUUGUAUGGAAAUAACAUUUGUUAUAGUCUAGGCCUGUACGUUUACAGUUGAUUUUUAAUCUUAUUUCCAAAGUUAUUACUACCGUACUCGCGCGAAUAAGCGCCCGGGCGCUUAAAAUAUUUUUUUGCCCUUUUUAAGGGGCGCUUAUUCAAACGGGGCGCUUAUGAACAGAGUGGAAAUUGAGGGGGCGCUUAUGGAAAUAGAUGAAAAUCGAGGGGUUCUUAUGAGAACCUAUUAAUUAGAACGAUUAUAUGAGGACAUCAGGAAACUGCAAAUUACGAAUUGUGGUGUGGCGGAAAAGAUAAUCGUUCAGAGAGCAUGACUCGUCAUGACAAGAAUGUUGUGAGUAUUUUAAUAGCAGCAGAAUAGCAGAUGAAAUUAGUGGUGGUGAUGGUGGAGCUUGUUGGCCAU